UCAGAUGCUUUGUUCUCAACGACUUGUGUGUAUUUGUUUAUGCUGCAAGUCGCAAGUGUUUAUAUUUAACUGAGCGGCUUUGCAGAACUCAGUUACAGACUGAGCUGUUUGAAUGAAAGACGGACUUUCUUUUAAAAAUAAUCUGUUUAGGAUAUCUUCGGUGGAGAGUGGCAUUUAAAUUACAGGAAUUUUGUUUAAAUUAUCGAAAUAACCGUUAUGAGACGCAAACUCUUACUGUUACUGCUGCUGCCCAUCAUCUGCGGCUUGGCUGCCAAGAAAGAGUCGCCAAAUGUGGCUUGCCGAGACGAAAAUGGUGAGGUGGUUGAUUGGUUCUACAUGUACAAGUUGCCGCGCAUACAUACGCAUUAUGGCGCCAGACGUAACAGUAGCGGCUUCAACUACCUCUACAUCACAAGCAAUAACUAUGACGCCUGGCGUUUGUCUACGCAUGAAGUCACCUCCACCGAGUCCAUGCCGGGCAAACUGCUACAACCACUGUUCGACGAUGAGCGCGUGCUGUUAGUCGCCUACAAUGACCAGAAACCCAACAGCAAUUCGAGCACACCGAAAGCACACGCCAAGGGACUACUGGCGACCGAUGGCGUAACGGCAGUUUGGCUAGUGCAUUCGGUGCCGCGCUAUCCGGAAAUACCAAUUUACAAGUAUCCGCUCACAGGCGGACGUUAUGGUCAGAGUUACCUCUGCAUGUCACUGCAAGGCAGCGAAGUGGAUAAAGUGGCCACGCAAUUGCGGCUAAUGGUACCGCAAAUUUACUACACGCGCACGCCAACCGCGGUGCUCGCACGUUUUCCUAUACUCCAACAGGUUGUGGAGGGUAAGUGGCAGCGCGAGGGACCCUUUCAAAAUAAAGUCAAACUCGAGACGUUGGGCGGCACAAAAUUCAAAUCCUUCGCGAAGAGCGGCAAAGAGGUAACGGAACUAUAUGAGGAUGUUAUAGCGCCGGCGCUGGACGUCAAUUUACUAGUGGAGACCUGGCGUAAUGGUGGCGGUAAUUUAGAAACCAACUGCACGCUGAACGACAAGGUCUUCAACAUAAAAGAAAUCAAAGAACAGCAAUUACAAAUCGCCUUUAACACCACAUCCGAUCACUCGAAAUGGGCGGUAUCGCAGGAGAGCGGUUUCAAGUUCUGGCGUUGGCGUGUUGGUGGCGCGGAUUGGCUGUGUGUGGGCGACAUAAAUCGGCAGCAGGAACAACUGGUGCGCGGCGGUGGUAGCGUUUGCUUGAAGAAUAGCAAGGUAGCGCAGCUUUACCGGCAGCUGAUACAGGGCUAUGAGCCAUGCCCUAGGCAUGUAAAUGAAACGAAUAAUAAGAAGCGACCGAGAGAGGAUUGAAGUUAGCUUUAGACACAUAUCCAUUCUUAUAUAUAUAAGUAUGUAAAAUAAAUACAUAUAAAGCGAAAAAUAAGUGUUUUUAAACUUAAA